UAUUAUUUGAAACUAGCUCAGUGUGGCAGAGUUGUUUGAACAUAACAAAUGGCUGUUAUAUCAAAUUAUAUACUACCAUUGAUGCUGAUACAGGCAACAAUCGAUGCUUCAUAUUCAAGAGACUUCAAAAAGCCUAUGAUAAAAACAAGUACUAACGAUGAGACUAAAGCUACCAACAGCACUUCCGAUCCCUUUUCUUCGUAUGAUCUUCCAAAGCCUCAUUUCUACAGAUCUGACAGAAGAAUAAGCGAAAUAAAAUGCCUUGAGUAUAUUUCGCAGUUACAGAAGAAAGAUGGCAUAGACGUACGAUUUUUGGAUUGUGAUCAGAAAGCUAUCGAAAUCUUUAGGAUUGCAACGAUUGGAGGAAGAAUUACGGAAGCUGGUGAAUUCCCACAUAUGGGUGCUUUAGGAUGGAGAGCAGUUAAUAAUGGAACUUGGAUAUUUAAAUGUGGAAGUACACUGAUAAGUGAGAAUUAUUUGUUAACUGCUGCACAUUGUUCACAAGUAGCGGCAAGUGAUAAAGCAGUCGCUGAUAUACGACCAGAAAUAGUACGGCUCGGUAGCAAGAAUAUUUUAGACCCCUCUCCCAACGAACGAUUCAUUGAUAAGAAGAUAAAGCGUAUAAUCAAACAUCCAACCUACAUGUCCCCUAAGAAAUAUUUUGAUAUUGCAAUCAUUGAGAUUAGUGAAAAAGUUCAAUUUACAAAAUACAUACAACCAGCUUGUCUCUGGAGUGAUUUUGAUACGACAAGACUUGGAAAACAAGCUACUGUUACUGGUUGGGGCAUCACAGAGUUUCGAAAUGAAGCUAAGAUAUCAGUAGAAUUACAAGCUGCAGACGUUGACAUCAUAGACUCAAAUACAUGUGAUAGAUUGCUGCAAUGUAACAGAAAUUGGUGUGGGUUGAAGCCUCAUCAGAUUUGUGCCGGGGACCUAACCGGACAUGUUGAUACCUGUCAGGGAGACUCAGGUGGUCCAUUGCAAGUAAAAAUUCCUUGUUUAACGACCUCUGAAACUUCCAUGCAUUAUAUUAUUGGCGUUAUUUCAUUUGGUUAUAAAUGUGCCAGACCCAAUCAGCCUAGCAUCUACACCAGAGUAUCGAGCUUUGUGGAGUGGAUCGAGGGUAUUGUAUGGCGGGGACUUAGAUAAAAUAAAAUAACAAUUAUUAGAAAGAAAGAAUAAAGAAAGUUUACAGUCCCUGCAUGCAAAUUUCUUCCAAAUAAAAAUUGAUAAAGCAUUUUGUAUUGUUUUAAUUUUCCUUCAUAUUAUUUAUAUA